AUGCCCCAGCCGCGAUACACAGGGCCGUACGCGCCGCUUCCAAGAAAGUUCUCCUGGGAGAAACUGUCGGUGAUGGUGGCUAGGUCAGCCGGGGAGAAGAGCAGGCAGCGGGGAGGGGAGGGGGCUGGGUGGGCUGGAGAGGAGGCAGAGGCGGAGGCAGAAGCAGAGGCGGAGGCGGAGGCGGAGGAGGAGGAGGAGGAGGAGGAGGAGGAGGAGGAGGAGGAGGAGGAGGAGGAGGAGGAGGAGGAGGAGGAGGAGGAGGAGGAGGAGGAGGAGGAGGAGGAGGAGGAGGAGGGAGGGGGAACACGGGAAUGA